UAUUAUUAUUAUUAUUAUUAUUAUUAUUAUUAUUAUUAUUAUUAUUUACUACGUCAUUUAUUCACUCUCUCUUAUUCCCACUUUAUGUAUCCUUUUCGACUUAGACAUCAGCUCGCCUGUGGUGAAAAUUCGGCUUUAUCUAAACGUUCUUGAGUCACUGCCUGAUUGUAAAUUGUAUGUUACCAUCGAAUACGAGUACUGAAGCAGUUUUUCUGAAACCACGUGCACCAUUCAAACUGGCUGCCUUCAACGUUCGCACAAUUAUGCAGGUCGGACAACAGACAGGGCUGGCUAUGUCUUUGGGAAGUCUUAAUAUUGACGUCUGUUGUCUAUCCGAGACCCGUAUUCAAGACUCUGGUGAAGUACUACAAAUUCGCUCUCCAUUUGUCACUUCAAAAAGCUUGUUUUACAUGCGUUUAUCCGGGGACCCUGUGGCAUCUUCGUCUGGUCUUGCUGGCGUUGGUGUCGCACUAAGCGCUAGAGCUGAGGCAGCACUAAUCGAUUGGGUCCCCAUUAACAGUCGGUUGUGUUGUCAGAUUAGAAAGUACCAACAAAGUGAGAAGAAACCGGCGUGAAAAACGAUGUCUUUUCGUCAUCUCCACCUAUGCUCCGACAGAUUGCAGCCCGGAUGCAAUCAAGGACGAAUUCUACCAUCAGUUAACUGUUCUCCAGAAAGUGCGUUCGACAGAUAUUGUAGUACUAGCCGGAGACUUGAAUGCUCAGGUCGGGAGUCUAGGCAAAGAAGAGAGUCGUUUAGGUGGCCGAUGGGGACUCGUUGGUCGCAAGACAGAUAACGGGGAACGUCUACUGCAACUAUGCACAGACCACAACCUGUUUCUGGCUAGCACUAACUUUCGGCACAGUCAUCGCCGAUGUGCCACCUGGCGUCCCCCUUCU